GAGUCAGAAUUGGCCACAGCCAUCCUUGCUUUCUUCAACCAAAAAUGAACCAAGUAGCCGGGUAGAGAUGAUUCCGAAACUCAUGUUUCAGAUUCUUUUGCUUCUUGGCUCCAUAAAAGCUCAGGGGCAGGCUGCCACUGAUCAGCUUGCUAAAACUGGCUGCCAGCAAAAAUGUGGGAAUGUUACCAUUCCUUUCCCCUUUGGAAUUGGACCAGCCGGUUGUUUUCUCGAUGACUGGUAUGAGGUUGCUUGCCCAAAUGGCACAAACACUCCCAGACUCAAAAAACUCGAAUUGCAGGUGCUGAAUAUAACACUUCCAUUCUACUAUGGACCAGGGGGUGAUGCCAUGAUCACAGUCAAUUUCCCAGUAAUCUACUCCAGAGACUGCUCCAGAAACCAAACUCGUGAAUCGGUCAUGCUGGAAGGAAGCUCAUUUGUGAUCGCUCAGGACAGAAACAUCUUUGCUGCAGUCGGGUGUAGCAGAGUUGCCCUUAUCGAGAACACCAAGUCUGCAGUUGUCGGAUGUAAGCUGUCAGAAUGCAGCUCAAGAGCCGAUGGCACAAGCAUCCGCCCAAAUAGUGAUUGCUCGGGUUUGGGUUGCUGUCAAACAACGACAACGUUUGGACUGCAGUCCUUUAAUGUGAGUUUUCGAAAAGACGAAGCUGCCUCCGGAGCUGUGGAGGGAUGCAGUUAUGCAGCUUUGGUCGAUCGAGCUGAGUUUUCUCCUUCUCGCAUGCAUGCUUUGGAACAGGAAGGAUAUGUGCCGGCAGUGUUACAAUGGGGCGUGGCAAACACUACACACUUUGGAAUAAAUCUCCUGCAUGAUAGUCGUCGUGGCUAUGGUCACUAUUACUGCUCAAGUAGAAGCAUGUCUGACAGUUAUAUAGUUAUGCCGUUCAUGCAGUGUUUUUGUUAUCCUGGCUAUGAUGGUAACCCCUACCUGGGAAAUGGAUGUCAAGACGUCAAUGAAUGCGAAGAUCAUGAUAUCCUCAAAAACUGUCAUGGGAAAUGCGUGAAUACGAAAGGGUACUACAAGUGUGUGGAUGGCAGUAGAGCAGUUAAAUUGGCAAUGAUGGUCAUUGGAGGAUUUAUUGGAGCAUUGCUUUUCCUUCUCUCCAUGAGGUGGCUACGCAGAGCCAUUAGAAGAAGGAAGAAGAUGAAGCUCAAACAAAAGUUCUUCAAACAGAACGGCGGUCUUCUAUUGCAGCAACAAUUAUCUUCGCCGGAAGGCAACGUCGAGAAAAGCAAGUUGUUCGAUUCCAAGAAGUUAGAGAGGGCCACCGAUAACUUCAAUGAGAACAGGAUACUUGGCCAAGGUGGUCAAGGGACCGUCUACAAGGGGAUGCUGAUGGACGGAAAAAUUGUUGCUAUCAAGAAAUCUAAGGUGCUGGACGAGGGAAAUGUCGAACAGUUCAUCAACGAAGUUUUCAUUCUCUCACAGAUCAAUCACAGGAAUGUGGUGAAGCUAUUGGGCUGUUGUUUGGAGACCGAAGUUCCUCUUCUCGUGUAUGAGUUCAUCCCAAAUGGGACGCUUUAUCAGUAUCUCCACGAUCCCAAUGAGGAGUUUCCAGUUCCAUGGGAUGUACGCCUGCGAAUUGCUACAGAGGUCGCUGGAGCGCUUUCCUAUCUGCAUUCUGCAGCGUCUAUACCUAUAUACCAUCGGGACAUAAAGUCAACGAAUAUACUUUUAGAUGAAAAGUAUCGAGCUAAAAUUGCUGAUUUUGGAACUUCCAGAUCGGUGGCCCUCGAUCAGACUCAUGUGACCACAUUGGUGCAGGGAACCUUUGGGUACUUAGAUCCUGAGUACUUUCAGUCAAGCCAAUUUACGGAUAAAAGUGAUGUAUACAGCUUUGGAGUGGUCCUCGUCGAGCUCGUGACUGGGCAGAAGCCAAUCUCUUCACUGAGAGCACAGGAGGGAAGAAGUUUAGCUACAUACUUCAUCAUCUCAAUGGAGGAGGAUCGUCUAUUCGAUAUUCUUGAUCCUCAAGUACUGAACGAAGGAAAAAAAGACGAGAUCAUCACAGUUGCUCAUCUUGCAAUGAGAUGCUUAAAUCUGAACGGAAGGAAGCGACCAACAAUGAAGGAAGUGGCGAUGGAGCUGGAAGCCAUAAAGCGGCCAUCACAUCCCUCCGAUGAACAACAGAUUAAUCGAGAAAGGCAGGCGACCUUCGAAAUCGAUGGGGUUGAAGCUCAUGAUGUUGCUUUCAGAUCAGCAGAAUUUGAGGCAGGUGAUGGUAUAAGUUCGAUGACCGAUGUGUACCCGCUACUGUCCAGUGACACAUGGUGAACAAGGUCGUAAGCCGCAGGCGCGGGUACACGACUCUGAGGCAGGCCAUCGUUUUCCACGCCAAAGGGUCCCAUUCUGGUCUAAUUCUAUAUUUUGAGUUGAUCCAACUCUAAUAGUUAAUUCCAAGUUUCCGUCUGAUCAAAUAGAUUUCAAGCAUUCUUGAUAUUGACAUCAGCUUUAUAGGUUAUAUCGUCUUCUGAUCAUAUAGUGCCGAUAAUAAUUUCUCAUUUAGAUAUAUGGUUGGCCCCUUAUAAAGAAUUCGAUCAUUUCUGCAUGUCAAUACAGAGAAGUCACUAUCCUAGAGAUGCAAUUAAAUUGUUUAAUUUCGUUAAGUAAUUUCUCUCUUUGUAAUAAUAAUCGUCCAAACCUUGAGUUCAACCUGGGGAAUAAUUAAUGGAAG